GUACAACAUCGCAACAGUCAUCCAACAGGAGACUUCUGUAAUUGAAUUUCAUUCUCACCGGAAGCAAAGAUCCAGUUGACCUAACCCACCUUCGGAUAAUUAUAGCGAAUAUUGGUUUCGAGCUUAUAGCAAAGCGACUAAUAGCGCGACAUUGCGCGGUCAAAAUUCACGGUAUAUUAGAGUUUGUAAUGCUUCGUGAAUCGCAACUACUAGCGUAAUAUGUCAAGAUAUAGGCUCUUUGUUUACGUCUAUAACGUAGAUUCUUUACGCCCUCAACAUUCAGGAAAAGAUGGAAGCCAAGGUUGAGCGACACUUUGUUGUGGUCUCUGCGACUAAUUUUGUCAAAACACCUAAUAUAAGCAUCGUACGGAGUGCUGCAAGACGCCAUGUCUUGCAGGAAAAGCUGGAGAUGGAGAGUAUACAGAAGAAAAACAACACACUUCAAACCAGGUUUUCAAUCAAGGAGGGCCAGCGAACGACAAGACAGAUUAACUCAAAACGCGCUUCAAUACCCUCCAAUUUGAUCAAAUUUAGUCUUACGGACGAGAAGAAAAAAAGACCCGAGGUUCCGCGAAAGGGAAGAAAUAGAAAAUGCGGAAUGGAGCAACAAUUAAUGUCUCUUGGGGAUGCGAAAGGUAGCUUUUCAAUACUGCAGCAGCCAUACAGCAAUAUUCUCAGCAAGUCACAAAUCGCUGUAAUCGAACUUGCAGACCGAUACGUUGAUGUAUGGAAGUGGGGACAAUCUAGAGAAGAUGUUAUUAGAGAAACGAUGUUCGAUCAAGGAAUAUGUCACAGCUUUCUUGCCAUGGUUUAUCAUUUGUGGAAUCAGGAUAUAGUACGCGCAGUGAUUCACGAGAAUGCGACCAUCAACUAUCUGAACGAUCAGUUUGAAUCAAUCCGUCAAAAACCUAAUCACAUGACCGAAGAUGAGAUAAGAAACACAGCACGGUCGGUCAGUCGGCUUGCCUUGAUCAAGGUAAACCAUGGCGAUUUUGCAGCUGCGACCGUUCAUAUGAAUGGAUUAUCAACACUACUCACCCUGAGUCGUGGAUUUGGAGAGCUGUCUCCCAGCAAUACUCUGAGAGGGAGUGUGGGCAGCUUAGUUCUAUCAUACAUGACGCUAUGGAACUCUGUUCCUGAAUCGAUUCAGUAUCCUCUGGGUCCCAUGACGAAUAGUGCAUACGCAGAUGUCAAGUCUUUAGGUUUUCGUAUUGAAGAGAGCUCUGUUUUGUUUAACGACCAAUUAUCAACUUUAAUCUCUUUGCCAAUUCUUGAUGCACUUCGCGCUCUGAAUGCACUCUGCACUGCGACGCAGACAAAGGAGGGGGAAACUCCCCAGCCAGUUCAGAACCUUGCAUAUGAAUCGCUAAGACUUGGUCUGAGGCUGGUUUAUGUGGGGAAACAUCGCAAUAUCGAUGACGAUCUGCGAACUUCACAAGAUGACUUUGAAGAGUGCUUGCGAUUGACGAUGCAGUUAUUCAUUUGGUCUUUCACUCGCAAUGUACCAAAGACGUCACCAACCAUGAAAACUUGGCAUAAUCAGAUUCAGAUGUUCAUGUCUUCGGAACAACUCCUUGAGUUCUUGAUUAGCAUCGCACUCACCGAAACAGGGAUGGAGAUCGUGGUAUGGCUGCUGCUAGUGGUUGGAUCAACGGUCAGUACCUACGAAGACCAAGCUUUUUAUGCCCGUUUGAUGCAGCGCCUUGUCCCCCACUCUCUGACUACUGGUUUUCGGGAUAUCCAAGAGAUGUGCACUCAGAUCGCUUGGCUAGUCUCCGAUCGCACUGCAGUUGCGGAAAGGUUUUGGAUGAUGUGCUUGGUCUGUUAACUGCAACUUUUAAGAGCUCUUUUGUACGCUUUCCAUUUGUUUCUAUAUCGAUAAAUCUUUAAUCU